AUGCUCCUCGCUGUCCAGCUUACCUUCGUUCUGGCGUUCCUGUCCUUGUCUGCAAUUGCAUCACCUGUCUUUUUGCAGCGUCGUAGUCCUAUGACUAUCUACCAUGGGACAUGCAAAGAACACGUAGCUGACAUCAAGAAGGCACUCAAGUUGCUUCCCGGCCCUUUUCCUGGAGAUUUCACGUACAAACCUGCAUUUUAUUGUACGGACAGUUAUGCGCAAGCGCACACGUAUGUGCAGGAUAUAAAAGGGGAGUGUAAACAGGGACAUGCUGUUGUUGCUCUAAUUUUCUCCACUCACAGCGUUUUAAACCUAGGAACUGGCACAGACGACAACUCCCCGGCUGUGAAGAAAUUGCAGUUUUUUCACGCUUGUCAACAGCUUGCACUCAAAGUAUUGGGUCAUGAGAAACUUGAUGCCGCCGACACGAAAACGAAAGCGAUGGUUGAUAAACAUGAUGUGAUUUCAGGGGCUCAAACAUUGAAACACCCUUCAUGCUACCUCGAAUACUGA